AAACCAAUUAAGCAUUAGCUCAUGAAACGCAAAUCAUCCCUUCUAGACACUUAUAAAGUUGAAGGGAAUAACCAUAAUCCAGAAUUACAUUUAUGUGUUUUAGUCUUUGAAAUUAGUCUAUAAGCAUUAUAAUCCUAACAAUGAAUGAGGUAGAAAAAAUUCAGCCAGCCAAAAAGAGCAAUGUAAAUCAUUAUUAGCUUUAUGUUUGUGACCUUCAUUUUUGGCUACUUAACCUUUAUCAUUUCAGAUUGGAUGUAAACCGUUAGCAACAAAAGAAGCAGUGAAUAGAAUACUAGAAAUGAAGAAACCCGUGAAUAGAAUGCUAGAAAUGAAGAAAGCCGUUGAUGAAGAUAAGGAACAGGAAAGUACCAAAAUCAAAGAAAAUGAAGGUACUGAAAAUGUUGGAACUUCACAACUAACAACCGAAGAAGAAAAAUCAAAGACUGAAGUUCCAAAACCUUCAUCCCAGGAAGAGACCGAAAGUCAAAAGGAGAAACCUGCCAACUCUUCUGAAACUUCAACAGAAUCAGAUGCUGAAGAAAGGAAUCCAACUGAUGCUGACCCCAAAAUCUUAGCACCUACUCCAUUCAGAACAACGCCAGAGAAGGUAUUGACAAAUGUUCCCACGGCUGGCUUAAUGAGUCCUGCUUCUGUUUUGAAGGAAGUUGAUGCAACCAAGCAACCUCUGCCAUUGUCUCCUUCUGUUGAUCCUGAUGAAUUCAUUUCCGACUUGGUCUUAACUGUUGAAUCUGACAGGCCUUUAGCUUCUGCUUCUACAGAAUCUCAAUCAGUCCCUAUUUCACAAGCUUCAAUUGAUGAAGCCAAGAAAUAUUUCAAAGUGGUUCUUUCAGGAAUGUUUGAGGAUGUGGCUGAACAACCAGACCGAUUUAAUGAGGCGUUGUCCAUUCUAAGGGAUUUUGGAGACUUGAGCACUGAAGAAUUGAAUGAAGUCAAAAUUUUCCAAGCUCAAUUCCAAACCAUUCUCAGCACCUUUCAAACUCCUUCUUACAUGCUCAAAGAGACCGAAAAUAAUUUGGAAAGCAAUAAACAGUCUAAGGCAACCAUUGGAGAACAGGUUAUAAUUGAUAACUCCAAAUAUUUGGCCUCAAAAGCUUCUGUCCAGGAAUUGACUGAAAAGGAGAAAACACUUCAGGAAAAUAUAGACCGCUUAAGUGCCGAAUUAGUUUCAAUCAAGGAAGCAAGGGGCGCUGCAGAGAAGGAAAAUUCAACCCUUCGAUACCGUCUAAUCAAUCUUGGCAAAUCCAGGAAUCAGGUGUUGACAAAUCUUGGGACUUUGGAGAAUCAAAAGAAAGCUGCUGAUGACUCUCUCUCUUUGGUGCAAUUUCAAUGGGAAAGGUUUAAGAAAUCUUUUAAUCUUUGAAAAUUUUAUUUUUAUGAACACUUCGCUUUAUUUUGUAUAAGAAUAAGAAUGACCUAUA